CAUUCCACAUAUGAGUAAUAAUAAAAUUCCCCAAAAUCCCCAACAAUUCAAUUCACAGCAUCCAUCCAUCCAUCCUCCAUGGAAGCUCAAGCUUUCAGACCUCCAUCCCCUGUUCACCCAUCUUCAUUAAUCAAAACCCAGUUACCAAACAAACCCAUUUUCAAUUUUUCAUUCAUUCCCAAGAAACCCAACUCCCCAUUCCCAUAUUUAACCCAUUUCACAAAACCCAAAUUCAAGAACUUCACUGCAGUCUCACCUUCUGUUUCAACCGAAACCCCGGUUGAGGACGAGACCGAAAUCGUCGAUAAAGAUGACAAAUUUGAUUGGUUUUCUCAGUGGUAUGCGUUAAUGCCAGUUUGUGAUCUUGACAAAAGAGCCCCACAUGGGAAGAAAGUAAUGGGACUUGAUGUUGUGGUUUGGUGGGAUAAGAAUGAGGAUUCUUGGAAAGUUUUUGAUGAUAGUUGUCCUCAUAGAUUGGCUCCACUUUCUGAAGGGAGGAUUGAUCAAUGGGGCAGGUUGCAGUGUGUGUAUCAUGGUUGGUGUUUCGGUGGUUCUGGUGAUUGUAAGUUGAUUCCUCAAGCCCCCCUUGAUGGCCCCCCGGUUCAUACCUUCCAGAGAGCGUGUGUAGCUGUUUAUCCAAGCACCGUGCAAAACGGGAUUGUUUGGUUUUGGCCAAACACUGAUCCUCAGUACAAAGAUAUUCUUUCAAAGAAGAAACCACCAUACAUCCCUGAACUCGACGACCCUUCGUUUACUUGUCAAAUGUUUAAUCGAGAUAUACCAUAUGGGUAUGAAAUUCUGAUUGAGAAUCUCAUGGAUCCUGCACAUGUUCCGUACGCACAUUAUGGGAUAAUGAGGGGGGUACCACAGCCCAGUGUUAAGCUCGAUCGGGAAGGGGGUAGACCUCUUGAGAUUAACGUAAACAAAAUAGACAAAAAUGGUUUUACUGCAAAACAGCAAAAUGGUGAAUGGAACUUCAUUGCUCCUUGUCUAUUUUAUGGAAGUAUCAAAACUGGAGGAAGUCCGGAUAAAGGGUCUGGGGUGUCAGCUGGAAGCACAAAUGGGAAAUUAGCACAAAAACCAACUAAACAGGUGCUUUUGAUCUUUAUCUGUAUGCCAGUGAGUCCUGGUAAUAGCAGACUGAUAUUUAUUUCCCCUAGAAACUUUGCUGUUUGGAUCGAUCGUUUUGUUUCCAGAUGGAUGUUCCAUAUUGGGCAGAAUUUGAUUAUUGAUUCGGAUUUGUAUCUACUUCAUGUUGAGGAAAAGAAAGUGAUGGAAGCUGGUCCUUCUAAUUGGCAAAAGCUAUGUUUUGUGCCAACCAAAGCUGAUGCUAAUGUGGUUGCAUUUAGAAAAUGGCUAAAGAAAUAUGCAGACGGCCAAAUCAAUUGGGGAAACAAAUUUGAUGGUUCUCUUCCGCCCACCCCACCUAGAGAACAGCUCAUGGACAGGUAUUGGAGCCAUGUGGUGAACUGCAGCAGUUGUAAUACUGCAUACAAGGGUCUUAAUGUACUCGAAACGUCUCUUCAGGUGUUUUCCGUUGCUGCAGUGGCUAUUGUGGCUGCAACCAAACAGGGGAUGAUAUCAGUUGCAUUAAGAAACACGCUGGUCAUUGCUGCAGUCAUGUGCUUUGUAGGAUCAAAAUGGUUAUCUCAUUUCAUCUACAAAAACUUCCGUUACCAUGACUAUAAUCACGCAUUUAAGUGAGACUUGUGGAACCUGUAAUUGUUCCCAUGGCUGUAUGUAGCUAUAGUAAUGAUACAAAAUUCUGAUGUACGGCGGUAGUAAAUAAUGUGGAUGUGGCUUAUAGUACUAGAGAGCAAAAGGGUAUUUUUCUUUUGAUAUCAACGUUCGCAUACUUGAAAUAUGUUAUUAAACUACACAUAUCUUUUAAA